AUGCUCGAAGUUCGUUGCUCGGGAACCCCCCGUGAAAUCGGGGAGACCCAUGGCCGACUCGCCAAGGAGCAAAUUCGCGGGUCCAUCGCCUUCUACGCCGCACUCUUCCAAAAGACCUGCGCCCUGGACUGGCCCGACGUGCUGCAAGAAGCGCAGCGUUACGUCGCGCCCCUGGAGACGCUGGCGCCCCGCUACCUGGAUGAGAUCCGAGGCAUCGCGUCGGGUGCAGGGCUCGGGUUCCUGGACGUCCUUGCGCUAAAUGUGCGCACCGAGAUCAACUUCGGCCUGUUCACCGACGGCAGCGCGGCCGGCAAGAAGGUCGACGAUAUCCCCAGUGAUGGCUGCACGAGCCUGGCCUGGCUGACGGGAGACAAGACAAAGUCAUGGCUGGCGCAGAACUGGGACUGGAUGAUCGAGCAGGGCCAUAACCUGAUUAUCUGCUACAUUUCGCAGCCCGGUACAGGGACGCCAGACAUUGCCAUGGUGACGGAGGCCGGUAUUAUUGGCAAAAUUGGGCUCAACUCCCAGGGGGUGGGGUGCUGCUUGAAUGCAAUUCGGUGUCGCGGUGUCGACCGAUCCAAGUUGCCUAUACACUUCGCCCUGAGGACGGUGCUCGAGUCGAACUCGCGGGACGAGGCGGUAGCUCGCAUCAAGGGCCCCGGUGUAGCCGGAAGCGGGCACAUCCUGAUCGCGGACGCGACCGGCUCGGUCGGCCUCGAGUGCACCAGCAAGUGGGUGAAGGAACUGCCGAUGCAAGACGGCAGGGUGUGCCACACGAAUCAUCUCGUGCUCGAGCACGGCGAUGUGGAAGAGCCCCCUUGGCUGGCAGACUCUCCACUCCGGCUGGCGAGGAUCCAGGGGACUACAUCAACGCUGGCUCAGCCAACGUCGGACACCAUCUUCGACCUCUUCAAGGACACCGAAGGGUAUCCGUCAUCGAUCAAUCGACGGCAGAUUGACGGGACCUUGACGCAGACUCUGUUCAAUAUUGUCAUGGAUCUGGGAGACAGGAAUGCGCAGGUUACUUUUGGGCGGCCUACCGAGUUUACCGAGCAGACGACGUUGGCUUUUUGA